AUGGCGGGGAGAUCGGGCGACAAGAUGUUUUUCUGUAGGUUGAUCUGUCUGAAGAUGCCUCUGAACCACAGAGAGGAAAUGUACCACAUUUUAAGGAUGACUGGGCCUCUGUUGCUCUCUAGGGUCCUCAUUUACCUGCUUCCCUUCGUGGUCACCAUGUUCUGCGGACGUUUGGGCAAUGAUGUGAUGGCAGGCUUUGGAUUAGCUUCUGCUACCAUUAAUGUGACCACGGCGGCUACCGGAUACGGUCUUAGUCUUGCUUGUGAUACGUUGGUCUCCCAGACCUUUGGUGGUAAAAACCUGCUGCGCGUGGGAAUGAUCCUUCAGCGAGGUGUUGUAAUUCUGCUGUUGUUCUGUCUGCCCUGCUGGGGUCUGCUUCUCAACGCCCAGAGCCUCCUGCUGCUCAUGGGCCAGGACCCUGAGGUCACCCGAAUAGCACAAGUGUACAUCAUUGCCUUCCUACCAGCUGUGCCAGCAAUGUUUCUACACAAUCUUCAAGUGUCUUACUUGCAGAACCAGGGUAUAAUACUUCCACAAAUGUACACUGCAGCCAUGGCAAACGUUGUCAACUUGCUGAUGAACUAUGUCUUCUUACACUGGCUCGAUUUAGGUGUGACGGGCUCAGCUGUUGUAAACGCUUUCUCUCAGAUUUGCAUCUGUGCUUCGCUGUUUAUUUACAUUCACUGGAAGAAGUUGCAUGUAUCAACAUGGGGAGGCUGGUCAGUUGAAUCUUUGCAGGAAUGGGGCUCCUACAUGAGGCUAGCUGUUCCAAGCAUGCUCAUGAAGUGUUUUGAGUGGUGGAUCUAUGAGUUUGGGGGAUUCUUUGCUGGCAUGUUGAGUGAUGAUGAGCUUGCCGCCCAACAUGCAGUGAUGAUGGUGACUUUACUGGCCUACAUGUUCCCUUUCGGCAUCCAGGCAGCUGCUUGCGCUCGGGUGGGCAACGCCCUCGGGGCAGGAGACACGGGCAGAGCCAUCAUCGCCUGCAAGGUGUCGCUCACCCUUGCAGGUGCAUUUGCAGUGGUUGAAGGUAUCGUGCUUGGUGCAACUAAAUCAAAGAUUGGCUACAUCUUCACUUCUGAUCAGAAGAUUGUCAAUCUGGUGUCCCUCUUGAUGAAUGCAUACUGCUUCCUUCAGUUCUUUGAUGGCCUUGUGUGUGUGUGCACGGGCAUCUUCUUGGGAGCUGGAAAACAGAAAAUUCCGGCUGUGGCUAACUUUGUCGGAUACUACGGCAUUGGACUCACAUUGAGCGUUACGCUCAUGUUUGUGGCAAAGCUCCGAAUUUUGGGUUUCUGGCUGGGGAUUCUGAUAUGUGUGAUCUUGCAGUCCACACUUUUCAUCAUUGUCAUCUUCAGGCUAGACUGGGAGAGAAUGACAGAGGAGGCUGUGAAGCGUGCCCAAAAAAAUACACAUGUGGCCGAACAGGAACAGUACCAGCCCGUCAUGUGGGAGGCCAACGCAGUACCACAGCAACAGGUUAAUGCUGACCAGCUCCCAGUGAGCCAGCUGCUGCUCAGGCGAGGUCUCACGCUAUUGGCUGCCAUCGCUCUGCUGGCAAUCGGCACCUGCGUGUACUUGCUGGUACCUCUCCCGGAGGCCCCGCCCUCCAAAAGUAAUCUGACUGCAAUAGAAUGGGGCAAUAGCACACACUAUUAA